UUGUGCGCGUCAUUUUAUUUGUUGUUAAACUACGCGCACCACAAUAUAAAUGAAAAAUCACAGUUAAAUUAACAGUGUUUAUUUUGUGGUGAAUAAAAAAUGGGAGUACCAGCAUUUUUCCGUUGGCUUAGUCGAAAAUAUGCAAGCGUUAUUGUCGAAUGUAUUGAGCAAAGGCCUACUGAUGUUGAUGGUAUUUUGGUGUAUGCCGAUUCGUCGCUUCCCAAUCCCAAUGGAGUGGAAUUUGACAAUCUAUACUUAGAUAUGAAUGGUAUUAUACAUCCGUGCACUCAUCCUGAAGAUAAACCACCGCCGAAAGACGAGGAUGAGAUGAUGGUGGCUAUAUUUGAGUGCAUCGACAGGCUUUUCCGUAUAGUCCGUCCGAGAAAGUUAUUGUACAUGGCUAUUGAUGGAGUGGCACCUAGGGCAAAAAUGAACCAACAACGUUCACGCCGUUUUAGAGCCUCUAAGGAAACCCAGGAAAAGAUUGAAGAAAUUGCUCGUAUCAGAUCAGAACUUCAAUCCAAAGGUGCCUACUUACCUCCCGAGAGACCUAAGGAGGCUCAUUUUGAUUCAAACUGCAUUACUCCUGGUACCCCAUUCAUGGACCGACUGAGCAAGUGCCUGCAUUAUUACAUCCAUGACAGAUUAAACAGUGAUCCUGGGUGGAAGGGAAUCAAGGUCAUAUUAUCAGAUGCCAAUGUACCUGGUGAGGGUGAACAUAAAAUCAUGGACUACAUACGGAGGCAAAGAGCGCAACCUGAUCACGAUCCCAACACGCAACAUGUGCUGUGCGGGGCUGACGCGGAUCUGAUAAUGUUGGGGUUGGCAACUCAUGAACCAAACUUCACUAUAAUUCGUGAGGAGUUCAAGCCCAAUAAGCCGAGACCCUGUGAUGUGUGUGGCCAAUUAGGUCACGAAAUGAAGGAAUGUACCGGUAGCAGCCCUGAAGCAUCACUGGUUAGAUCGGACCCUGCAUUUGGAAAUCAAGAUGGCUUCAUAUUUGUGAGGCUUAGCGUCCUCCGAGAAUAUCUUGAAAAGGAACUCCAAAUGCCGAACCUGCCGUUCGCAUACGACUUCGAGCGGGCGCUGGAUGACUGGGUUUUCAUGUGCUUCUUUGUGGGCAACGACUUCCUGCCACAUCUGCCCAGCCUGGAGAUCAGGGAGGGCGCUGUGGACCGGCUGGUCAAUCUCUACAAGAAGUGCGUCUACAAAACGAGAGGCUGGGUGACUGACUCGGGCGAUGUGAACCUGGACCGCGUGCAGAUAAUAAUGGACGAGCUUGGCCGCAUGGAGGAUGAGAUAUUCCGGCGCCGCCACCAGAACGAACUCAACUUCAAAGCUCGGGACAAGGCCAAGAAACAGCAGCAACAGAGGGUUAACUUCCAGCUGCUCAACGAUACACAGUUUGCGCCACAGGCGGUGGGCGGUGGUGCCCGCACCGUGCAGAAUGCCCGACAAGAAGCAGCCGAUAUCCGCUUGGCGGGAAUGAAAGCUGCGGCUGACAAAAAUGAUGAAGAGAAACAGAGUCGCAAGCGAUCUGCUGCAGAGGCCGGCUUAGAUGAAGAUGACGAUAAGCACGACGAAGUACGUCUGUGGGAGGAAGGGUUCAAGGAGAGAUACUACGAGAGCAAGUUUGAGGUUGGCAGGGAUAAUCUGGAGUUCAGGUACCGCGUGGCGUUGCAGUACGUGCGAGGUCUGUGCUGGGUGCUGCGUUACUACUACCAGGGCUGCGCCAGCUGGAAGUGGUACUUCCCCUACCACUACGCGCCGUUCGCCUCAGACUUCGUCAACGUGUCCGGCCUCAGCACCAAGUUCGAGAAGGGCACGCAGCCGUUCCGUCCACUGGAGCAACUGAUGGGUGUGUUCCCGGCAGCCAGUUCGCAGCACGUGCCCAAACCUUGGGCUACCCUCAUGAGCGACCCCUACUCGCCCAUCAUCGACUUCUACCCCAUAGAUUUCAAGAUAGACUUAAACGGCAAGAAGUUCGCUUGGCAAGGUGUGGCUCUCCUGCCCUUCGUCGAUGAGACAAGACUGUUCAAGGCCUUAGAGCCAUAUUACAAGGAGCUGACACAGGCGGAAGUGAAGCGCAACAUUCGCGGUAACGACCGGCUCUACGUGAGCACCGGCAACCAGAGCUACGAGUUCCUGCUGGGGCUGUACCAGGCGUCGGGGACAGAUGUUCGCGCGCUCGUCAACAACGGCCAGCGAUACCCGUACCGCAGCCAGGGAGCGCGCGGUGACGUCAUGCUUAGCGACGACAAUCUUAUAAUAGGAGGACAGCUCGCCUCACCAGUGGUGGGUUUGCCACCAGCUCUGCAUAACCGGGUGGUCUGUGUCCGGUUCCAAGACCCGGAAUAUCCAGAUGACUUUAUCUUCCCCGCGAAAAGGUUGCGAGGUGCCGUGCAGCCGCCUAGAGUGCUCAAGCCUGGAGAUCUGUCUCACCAGGAGAACAGGAACUGGAGGCCGCAGAUUGGUAUGGUGCGGUCGCACACCGUGGCCAGCCUAGAACUGGCAGGACACAGGAUGCUGGGCCAUCAUCUGCCGCGGGACAAGUCAUACUCGUCUGUGCCUCCGCCGCAACACAAUCGCUCGCAGUCGUUCGGACCUCAUCGGAGUGGGUAUGUGCAGUCACAAGGCGCCGAGCGGCCGCAUCCCUACAGCCGGCCUGGGUAUAAUACCAACCAGGACAGGCAGUACGGGAAUAAAGACAGACAGUUUGGGGGCCAAAGGCAAUCUAACGACCAAAACAAGAGAUACAACCAGGAUAGACCGUACAACAGCCAGGACAGAUUCGGCGGCCAGAACCGCUUCAACCAAGGAUACAGGUCGAGUAACCCAGGCUACUCGUCGAACAACCAGAACCCGAGGUUCGGCCACAACCAGGAGCAGACGAGUCACAGGCAGUCCAACUGGAGGCCCCAGAGUUCAGGUCGGCAGGGCAACUCAAGUUGGCGCUGAUAUUAUGUAGAUAAGCAAAUAUUUUAAUAAAUUAGAAUCAAUUUACAACUCAACAACAUAAUAAGAUGAAUUGAAGUUGAAACUGAUAUCAAUUAUAGGUACAUAAUAAUUGUUGGUAUUUUGGUGCCAGUUACAAAUAUUACUAAAAUAUAAAUUGAUAGUUGGGGCAAUUACAAAUGAUUUAUGCAACUGUUGUUGCAUAAUAAGGGGUAUGGAAACACGAUCACAUGAGUGUUUUAAUACCUAAUUAUCAACAGUUGCACACACGACUAUCUACACCCAUAAUAUGAAUCCUCUUUAAAAGAUUUUGAAACAGUUAGCUUACUGCUAACAUUAAAAAAAGCAAGUCCUAAUAACCAUUACAUCAUCCAAACGAGUGUUGUAAUGUUGCACUGAAUUUCAUUACAACACUCGUUUGGAUUAUGUAAUGGUUAGUAGGACAUUGGGUGUUUUAAUGUUGGCAAUAAGCUGUUUUAGAAUCUUUAAUAGAAGUAUUAAAGCAUGGGUGUAGAUAGAAUAUUUUUAUGUCACUGUUUUUCAUCAUAUAUAUCAAUCUGCUUAUAGCCGAUCAAUGAAUAAUCACAGCAGAUCUGCAGGGAGGUCUAAGUCUAAGCUGAGAUAUAUAGAGCGUACUUAGAUUUUGCUCAGACUUUACUUACACAAAACUUAGCUGAGUGUGAUAAAACGCGAACUUGACUUUUUCAUUCUAUUCUUCCUGCUGUGGCUUCUGUGUAAGGUAUACCACAAGUUUGCCAACGUCGUGUAGAAAUAGACCACUAUCACCACUAUUAAAAAAAGAGCAUGCUAAGAUUGCACGCAGCUAAGUCUUACGUAAGUAAAGUCUAAAUAGGUAGGCUCUAUAGAUCUCAGCCUUAGUUAUAUAAGUUUUAAGAACGUGAAAACUUAGACCUUUACGUUUGAAAACAUAAAUCUGACAAUAUGGUCUGUUGCGAUCCAUUGUAACUAUAUAGUAUAGAUAACUAAAUAAAUAAUAGGUAGGGAUAACAGAGAGAGUUGUCAUACUGAAACAUGCAGGGCAAGCCUGUCAGCCAUUAAGUUGACAUAGCGACAUCCCAUUCUGCACGGACGCACGACAAGAAGAUAUUAGUAGGACGUUUAAAGUGACGGGAUCUUCUUGUGGCGAAUUCACGAUUAGAGUUCAAAGUACUAUUUGUAAAAGAGUUCAGUAUUCUUAACUAUCAAUUUAUCUUUCAUUUCUAUAUAUAUAUUUAUAUAUAAAUAUCCUUAUUAAAAAGCCUUAUUAAUUAUAAAAAAAAAUAAUACUGUCAAAUGUAUAUUAUUAUUUCCAGAAUACUCUAACUUGGUGCACUUGUAUAAGUUAGAGUUUUUUGAAAGCAAUAGUAGUUGUAAAGGUGUUAGUAGCAUUAAUUUUUUUUAUUAGAUAAUAUUUUAAGUCAUACCAAUGUAAUUGAUUUAAAUGGGCUUGAGUAGCCGCGAUUUUAUUGAUUUUGAUUAGACCCUCUUGGGUGAGUAGGUAUGCCAUUCCUAAUUUAUCAUCUAGGCACUGAUGAAAAUAUAACGUAAACUCGAAAACUAUCUCUUGCUAGAUAUAAUGUUUUAUUUACAAAACGGCUUCAUAAUUAUAAUAGCUAAAUGAUUACAAAAACACGUUAGAAUCCGACCGUUUAUGACUGAAAUACAAACUUUUUUGUGAACGGACUUGGUAUGAAAACAUAUCUGUUUUGUAGGACUCGGGCUAAAGCGACUCUGUGCCGUCUAUUUUGACAACUAAAUGUACGAAUACAUUUGUACCUACAUAAAUAUAUACAUAAAUGAACCACCCGUCAACAUGCUUAUUGGAAAUAUCAUCGAAAUGUUGAGAUAAAAAAAUUUACGUAAUUUUUACAACAAUGUUACAUUUCAGUUCUAACUAUAUACUUGUUAUAUUACUAAUAUAUAUCCGGAUAGUACUGCGUCUAUAUUUUGUAGCGUUCUUGAAAUUAAAUUCACAAUAAAACUUAGAAUUACAUGUUUCGGUAUAACAAAAUGUUCUCUCCCCACUUUCUGCUCCAGUAACCUGUUCCUGCACUACAAGGAAUUUUUGUCUGCAAAAUGCAUAAACGACUCUGAUUAACUUUGAUGAUUAUAGCGUUAUUUCUCAAAUGAUUCGACAUGAUUUUUGUAUCUACUCUCGUAAAUGAUAUGACAUGACGAGUAAAUGGUAUGGGCGGACUUAAUAGUCUGUGGUCAUUUCAUUUAGUAUAUCUAGUGCAUAGUUCUGACAUUACAGCUGAUAUAUAUUUGUAUAUAUUUUGUAUCACCUUUGUUACAAGAUUACAUAUUGUAUAAUAAAUGAUUUUAUGACUCAA